CUGGUAACUGGCGUGAGACACUAACUUCCCCGUGGUGCUCGGUUAUAAAAGGGGACUCAAAAGGACCGAUUAUAAACCUGCAGCUUUUUCUAGAACUGCUCCCUGCCAAACAUUUAGUGUGGCUGUGGGCGUUUACGUGGAGCACGUGAAGGCGUCACGUUCGGGUCCGUUUAGCUCCGUCCGCUGCUCCCUGACAGUUGAAGAGGACACACCGAGGCACGAAGCAGCGAGAAAGACAAAAUGAAGGACGUCAAUAUUCUGCGGAUUCUCGUCAUAAUCCUGUGUGCGGUGGUUUUUGUUGCCGUUUUAGUCUUUAACGCUUUGGCCGGAGCGGGCAAAGGUCCCUUUCAUACUUCUACAGGAAAUGUAUCAGCCCGCUAUGAGACAGGCAUCACUCCAGCUGGCUGGACCUUCUCCAUCUGGGGUGUUAUCUAUACCUGGCUCACCCUGAUGGUGAUUUAUAUCACUUCAUACACAUGCAGAGGAUCCUGGGCUCAGUGUCUGCUGCCCUACGGCUUCCAUAUUUGCUGGCUCUCCAACAUGGUGCUGAACAUUAUAUGGCUCCUGCUGUGGGACGCAGAGAUGAUGCUGGCGUCUUUGGUCGUUUUAAUCCUGAUAGCGGUUUCCGGCUACAGUGCUCUGUUCUUCUGUUGCUUUGCCACAGAUUACUAUGGACUCUGGUUACAGACAUACCAUCGCAAAGACCUGACCUUUCUCAGAGUACUGGUCCAAAAUGGUUUGGCUGUCUACGCUACAUGGACUUCUAUCGCCUCUCUGAUCAAUUUCUCUGUAGUUCUCCACCUGUGGGGUGUGGAUAAGAGCACGGCAGCAACUGCGUCACUGUGCAUCCUGUUUGCAGAGGUGGUGGCAUGGUAAGCUCUGAUUGGAUGAGGUUCAGGCACA